AUGCUAGCUUUCUCAAACAUGGCUACAUUCCGAGGCUUGCUUCAAACCCGAGCCACCAUAUUCUUAAUCAGAAACUACCAUAAACAACCAAUCGAAGUUGUGUGGAAGAAACCUGAAAUUGGAUGGACAAAGCUAAACUUUGACGGGUCGAGAAGACAAGGACAAGCCAGCAUUGGAGGAAUAUUCAGGAACCACAAAGCCGAGUUCCUCCUCGGAUACUCAGAAUCCAUAGGGGAGGCCACGAGCACCGUUGCAGAAUUCGCAGCCCUCAAAAGAGGGCUCGAGCUGGUUCUAGAAAACGGGUGGACGGAUCUAUGGCUCGAAGGAGAUGCCAAGAUCAUAGUCGAUAUCAUCUCCAAGAGAGGGAGGUUGAGAUGUGAAGAGGCAAAAAAGCAUGUGAAUUACAUCAAUGUGGUUAUGCCUGGGCUUAGCAAGUGCGUGUUGAGCCAUGUUUACAGAGAAGGGAAUCGAGCCGCUGAUAAAUUGGCUAAGUUAGGACAUCAGUUUCAGGAUCCUAAAGUCUGGAGGCUUCAGCCUCCAAAGAUAGUCCUACCGAUAAUGCAUGAAGAUGCACAAGGUAAGAUUGUUCUUAGAACAAAAUGA